CUACAAGCAAGCGGCUAGGCUAUUACGCAGUUUAAAAAGCAAGCUAAAUCUAAUUUAAUUGCUAGCUUAUGCUAGUGGGUUUUCAUAAAUAAGGAGAGAUAAGAAGUAUUACUUCGUACCUUUUAAACCUUUACAGGUUAAAGAACGGUGCCUCUGAUUUAACCGAAUGAACGGAUUUAACAAGCGCUGGAGCAUUGUUAGCAACAGAUAUUGCGCAUGCGUAGACGUUACCUUCUGUCGUCUGGCAACGGAUCCACUCCCCCUGCUGAUUCUUUUAUGAUAUACAGAAACAAGAUGAUUCAGAAGAUUCGGUUCCCGGAAUUCUCUUCCACCACAGUCUUUCAGACUGGCUCAAACUACAAACGGAAGUUAGUUUUUUAAAUAUUUAAACUACACUUGACUACUGAGCUGGGUGACUUCGUUCCUGGUGUUGGGAUAGUUUCGUUUUCUUUUCACCCUGACGGUCAAGACUCUUAAGGUUGGUGCAGCAUCAGUUUCAUGGAGAACAAUGGCCCGCAUUUCUUUGGAUUGUCCAGCCUCCUUGCCAGGAAUACCUCUCAGUGUGCUGUCGGUGCCCAUGGAGAAUAAAUACAAAUGUCAGCAGUGUCUCCAGGUCCUGAGGAAACCUGUCCAGGCUCAAUGUGGCCACCGUUUCUGUGUGCACUGCUUCAAACUGCUCACCAGCGCUGGUCCAAAGCCUUGUGAAGCCUGUCGCCAAGAGGAGAUCUAUGAGGAGCCUAUGUCCAUCCUGAACAGUAGUGAGGCAUUUCCAGACAAUGCAGCCGGUAGAGAAAUAGCAAGUUUGCCUGCCAGGUGUCUAAACCAGGGCUGCAGCUGGACGGGAUCGAUAAAAGAUUAUGAGGCUCAACACGAAGGUCGCUGUGAAUAUGAGAGGGUGCAGUGCGAAGCCUGCCAGGCCUCCAUCCUCCUCAAGGACAAGGAGAGACACAAUGAGAGGGAAUGCGAGGAAAGAACUCUGAACUGCAAAUACUGCAAAGUAACAUUCAAUUUUAAAGACAUUAAGGCCCAUGAUGAAAUCUGUGUCAAGUUUCCGUUACAAUGCAAAGACUGCGGAAAGAAGAAGAUCCCAAGGGAAAAGUUCAAUGACCACAUCAAGUCCUGCGCCAAGUCAAAGAGUGCUUGUCCGUUCAGCGAAGUGGGCUGUAAAACUGUGGUGGAAAACGGGAAGCUCAGCGACCAUGAGCACAGUAGCACCAUGGAGCACCUGCGUCUGCUGCUUCCGAUGGUGCUGUCCAUGACGCGGACACAAACAGAUGCCCUUGGAUCCGGGGAAUGGCAGGAGGACUCAGGGUUGGGUCUGUACAGAGCUCCUGAAGAGGGGAGCGGAGCUGCAGCUGCACCGCCUGCAGACCUGGAAAAAAAAGCAAUUGCUUUAGAAAACAUUGUGUGUGUCCUGAAUCGGGAAGUGGAACGAAGUUCCCUAACCCUGGAGGCCUUCGCCCACCAACAUCGGUUAGACCAGGAGAAGAUUGAAAAUCUGUCAAACAGAGUGCGACAGCUGGAACGGACGGUGACCAUGAGAGACCUGCAGCUGUCUGAGACUGAUCAGGUGGUGCGGGAGCUGCAGCACUGCACCUACGACGGGAUUUUUGUCUGGAAAAUCACUGACUUCUCCCGGCGCAGACAGGAUGCGGUGGCCGGCCGAACACCUGCAAUGUUCUCACCCGCAUUUUACUCCAGCAAAUACGGCUACAAAAUGUGUCUGAGGCUUUAUUUGAACGGCGAUGGGACAGGACGAGGGACGCACCUCUCCCUGUUCUUCGUGGUCAUGAAGGGCAAGUGCGACGCUCUGCUGAAGUGGCCCUUCAGUCAGAAGGUGACUCUGAUGCUCCUGGAUCAGAACAACAGGGAGCACAUAAUCGACGCCUUCCGACCCGACAUUACGUCCACCUCCUUCCAGCGGCCGAUCAGCGAGAUGAACAUCGCCAGUGGCUGCCCGCUCUUCUGCCCGCUGUCAAAGCUGGCAGGCAAGAGUCCAUAUCUGAGAGAUGAUACGAUAUUUAUCAAAGCCAUCGUAGACCUCACAGGCUUAUAAUGUGCACUGUGGAAGCUGCACUGAAAUCCUUAUGCAUAAGACUAUAAUAUAUAAAAGUUUUUUACCUAUAUGCCCAUUUAUGGGUAAUAUUAAUAUGGUUAAUAAACUAAAAUAAAUAAAAACUACCGUAUUAUUAUUAUUAUUAUAUGAUUCUUAUAUCUUAGUAUUAUUAAGCAAUAUUAUAAAAUAUCUUUAUAUUCAUUAUAAAACUACAGCUAUAAUAGUUUGGAUUUUUUGUUUAGUAUUUUUUUUUAUUUUCUAUAUUUUUCAAGAUGAUAUAUUCCUUUUUAAUAAUUUAUUACAGGUAGAACUCCUCUCACUGACUCCAUAACAGGAAAGUAGACAAACCCUUUGGCCAUACGCACCAAAAUCACCAACCUAACGAUGCUUUUUACCUGCUACAUGAUAAACUGAGCAUGCAUUAUAUUUAAGACAGGAACAAAUGGCACAGAAUUUUUU